ACAAGCUGUCGGUGCGCUUGGAUCGUCCCUUGAUGCUGCUUGCGGACUAGACUAGCCGCCGAGUUGGUGUGCGCGUGUCAUAGACUAACAUGUUAGUCGCAGCCGCACUCGCACUACAACGUCAGUGACUACAAGUAAGACUGAGAGUAUCGCAAUGUACAUUUAAAAUCAAAGUAGUUGUUCACAUUCCAGAAUUACCUCUGCCCACGCCACAAAUCAACUAAAAGCUUCAAGAUGACCUCUUCAAAGGGAAAGCCUACUGAUCCGGAGCUCAGGGAGGAGCUCAAGGAAGAGAUCAAGCAAGAGCCCAACAAGUCCGGCGGCGGUCAGGGCCAAUGGUCCGCGUGGAAGGCGAGCAAGCUGGCCAAGGAGUACGAGAAGCAAGGCGGUGGCUAUGAGAAUGAGCCCGGGUCCAAGAACGAGCCUAAGAAGGGGGAGCCGGAGCCCAAGAGCGAGACGCAGAAGCAGAAGGAGACGAGUUGAUCAAAAGGGUAGUUAUUUGCGUUGGU